GGGCCCCGUGUUUGAGUACGGAGAGCCAAGUCUAGGGUCUGCAGUCUUUGCUCUCCCUCCCCGGCCAUUCGAAGUGAGACGGUUUGCUUUCGAGUUUCUCCACUGUAAGCUGCAGACGCCAUUUCUGGCGCUGCAGCCGGAGGGCUUGUGGGCGCAGCGCUUGUCCGGAGCGGCCCCGGGGUGCCGGUGGCGGGGAAGGUAGCGGGGGAGGCCGUGCCGAGGUGUGGGCCGGGGAGCUGGGCGGGCGGGCCUUGCGCGCGGCCUUUUGCGCCUCAGUGUCUGCUGUGGAGAGAGCUCUGCUACGGCCCGCUCCCGGGGUGCCGUUGCACACGGGCAGCCCAGCUUCCCCUCACCGAGCUCGUCCAGAGCUCCCCACCCUUCAGGCCUCCUGCGCUUCUUGGUUCCCUGCACGCAGCUUUUCGUCGCCUGGCCUUUUCCAGCUUCUAAGGGCCCAGAAAAGAGGCUGCAUUCCCUGGCUCACAGCCCCUUCCUUCACCUGUAAAGCCAGCUUUGUAGAUCUCUGCAUCGCCUCAUCAUCUCCUGUCUCCUUUUAUGGAUCCUGGUGUUCAUGUUGGACCCCCAUGGGUAGCCCUGGAUAAUCACAUGUGAAGUUUUCAAAAGAAGUGAAGUCAAGAUGAAGAACCAUGUGCUUUUCUGGGGAGUCCUGGCCAUUUUUGUUAAGGCUACUCUUGUGACAGCUCAAGAUGAAGAGGAAUGGACCGUCCUUGCUGACAAUAAAUGUCAGUGUGCUCGAGUUACUUCCAGGGUCAUCCGUUCCUCUGAAAACCCUAAUGAGUACACUGUGGAGAGAAAUAUCCGAAUUAUUGUUCCUGUGAACAACAGGGAGAAUAUCUCUGAUCCCACCUCACCACGGAGAACCAAUUUUGUGUACCAUUUGUCUGACCUCUGUAAAAAAUGUGAUCCUGUAGAAGUGGAGCUGGAUAAUCAGGUAGUUACUGCCACACAGAGCAACCUCUGUGAGGAAGACAGAGUGCCAGAGACGUGCUACACUUACGACAGGAACAAGUGCUAUACAACUGUGGUCCCGCUCACAUACAGGGGGGAGACCAAGAUGGUGAAGGCAGCCCUGACCCCCGACUCCUGCUACCCCGACUAGCAUAAGUCACUGCUAAAUGUGCAGCUCUGUCCUGAGAAGCUCUCUAUUUAGUCCAGAAAGUUAGUGUAUUUACAACCAGUGAAUUUUAAGCCAAAUUUUAAAAUUAAUGCAAGACUAACUUUCCCCUUAAAAAUUGAAGUAAUGGUUUUAUUUAUUAGGCAAUUACUUCUCAAAUCUAAAUAUUAAAUAUCAAUUAUAAUGCUUGUCUGAGGGGUAUGCUUCCUUAAGAUCAUAGUUUUUAGCAUUUAAAAAAAUAGACAAGGAAAGAAAGUAAAACUCAAAGAGUAAAAAUCUGGAGGCAUAAUUAACUGUCCUUUUCUCUUUGCUUGGUUUUGUUUUGGAGAGCCAGAGCAUUUGCACAUUCUAUGCCAUUUUCCUUUUAAAAAGUUUCACUGUGGGCCAGGGAUUUAGCUCAGUGGCACCACUCCUGCCUAGUAGGCAUAAGGUCCUAAGUUCGAUCCCAGGUACCCCCCCAAAAAAGUUUCGCUGUGUAGAGAAAACAUAUGUGUAAACAUAGGUCAAUUAUAUGUCUUCCUUAGAAAAAUGAUAAUUGGAGAACAUGUUCUGGAACUGUGUAUAAAAUUAUUAAAAAUGUAAUCUAAUAUUUAUGAAACCAAUUUGCAGAAAAUGAUAUAAUUUAAAACAUAAUUAAAAGUACAUUUUGACAUAAUAUACAGAUGUGGCAGCAGAACUUCCUGUUUUUGAUAAAGAAUUUUUUUCAACAAUCAGGUUAGUGUAAGAUAUUCCCAUUGGAAAUCAUCUUUGUUGCAACUGAAUCUAAUGUUUUGUUUUCUAAAAUAUGUGUUCUCUAACACAGUUUGAACAAUUAAAUAGAAUCAUAAGCAUA